AUGUCUUCAUCCGCUAUGGAAAAGCACCUAUUUAAUUUAAAAUUUGCUGUGAAAGAGUUAGAGAGAAAUUCUAAAAAAUGUGAAAAGGAAGAAAAGAUUGAGAAGGAGAAAGCAAAGAAAGCAAUACAGAAGGGAAACUUAGAAGGAGCGAGAAUACAUGCAGAGAAUGCUAUAAGACAGAAGAAUCAGGCCCUCAACUAUCUCAGGAUGUCAGCGAGGGUUGAUGCAGUGUCAAGCAGAGUACAGACUGCUCUAACUACUAGAAAGGUUACAAACUCCAUGGCAGGUGUUGUAAAGGCGAUGGAUGCAGCAAUGAAAUCAAUGAACCUCGAGAAGAUCUCCACACUUAUGGACAAGUUUGAGAGCCAGUUUGAAGACCUGGAUGUCCAGUCCUCGUACAUGGAGAAUGCAAUGUCACAGACCACAACCACUACAGUACCUCAAGGCGAUGUUGAUAAUCUGUUGCAGCAAGUGGCUGAUGAAGCUGGUUUGGAACUCAACAUGGAGCUGCCAUCUGGAGUACCAAGCACCUCCGUGGGGCAGUCUACAGUUGUAUCUCAAGAACAGGACGAGCUUACACAGAGGUUGGCUAGAUUACGACAAGCCGAAUAA